UUUCCAGUCGCCACGCCAUCGCAUUCACGUCGCCACCGCGGACUGACAAAAUUCAGCCAGCGGACAAAUGGACGACGAGUGCCUUCAAGAAGUCCGAGAAUGGCUUCGGGGGUGUGCCUCUCGCGCCAACAGAACGCGUGUCACACGCUUGAAUUCGUUUUACGACACCUAUCUCCCUCAGUGGCAACGACUCUCCGACGACGAAUGGUUCAAGCUUCACAGUGCCCUCCUCCGCGAUAAGACCCUCGACCGUAAGGGUCAAUGGGCCGACCUCCCGCCACCGAAGAAAACUCGCGCGCAGACCGGCAGCAAGACGCGUCGGGCGAACGAAGCCAACCAUUUCCGAAGACUCGAGAAGGUUAUAGAGGGCGUUUUGGUGGCGGCCGAACGAGCACUCAAGGGACGCUUCGCGCCUGCGAAACGCACGACAAGAUUCUCGUGCCGACCUGUGCGAGCGACGCAUGGCAAGGCGACAGGCCCGGCCCAGCACGUUGAUGCAAUGUUCAUGAGGAAAGAGUCCUGCUAUUCAGGCGGACUCGUGAAGGGCAUCAACGCUCAAUACCCCUGGAGCGUUGACGACAGCGAUGGGGCCGUGACUGCUGACAUGACGACCGCCGGCCAACUGAAGCUGGCUUCAGCAGCGACCGAUGUUGUUGAUAACGAAGAGAAAACAUUGCAAUACGCCGCUCACGCUAUUCGAUACGACGUCGGUCGUGCUUUCGUAUUAUCAUUUACCAUCGAAGGCUCCCUCAUGCGACUCUGGCACCACAGCCGAUCUCACUCUGGCGUUUCAGAGCUAUUCGACAUAUACAAUAAGCCGCGGUUGUUUGUCGAAUUCAUUCUCCUCAAUACGUAUGCGCCCCCAUCGACGCUCGGCAUCGAUCCCACCGUUCGCCGCGUGCUCGACGAUGCGGCGCAUCCGCAACACCAGUUUGACAUAUACGCCAAGGACGGAUGCUGCAGGACCUAUCAAACCGUCGGCGUAAUCGACGACGUCGACUCUUUGCUCCUCUAUCCAACCUCCAAGCGAGUUUACAAGGUCAAGCAAGUCAUUCAGAACGCCGAUUCCCCGCACGAGCGCGUUCUCGACGCGACACCCAACGUCUUGCUCGACUACUGGGUCGACUUGGGCGUGCAGAACGAGAGCACCAUUCAGAGGGGUAUCAUUCACAACCUGGAAUCGUCGAACGACUGGCCCGACAUCAAGGAUCAUUUCAUGGACAUCAAGCAUGACGGCCUGGUCCGAUAUCCAUCCUCGGGACCGUUGACGCAAAGCGGCGUCCCGCCCUCCCCUCCGGACUCCAUAUACUAUCACUUCAUGGAUCAGGUCGACGCCGAAGAUGAGCGUUAUGCCACCGCGGCGGUCAAGGAGGACAACCUAAAGAAGCGCAAUGGUGUCUUCCAACAUAGGCCCGACGGGAGUCGCAUACCCGUCCCCGAAAUGCAGGGCAUGAAGCAUUGCCGUACCGUGUACGCGCAAUAUUGCGUGGAUUUGGGCUCGAUCUCCAGCCCUGCGCUGUUUUUCUUCGCCAUGAGCCAGGUCGUCAAGAUUCUCAAGUACCUCAAGCGUGCUGGACACGUGCAUAGGGAUGUUAGUCCCGGCAAUUUCUUGCUACACCACAAGAGCGGGACGCUACCCGAGCACGUAAACGCUGAGCUCGAUAAAUGGACGACUAUCAUCUCCGAUCUCGAAUACGCUAGACUUUACCGUGACCGAGGUGCCAACGAGAUCCUUAGCGGAACCCCGGGCUUUAUCGCCGUCGAGGUACAAGACCAACGCCAUAUAUUCACGACGGCUCAUUACGACUCUGACUGGCGCAAGCCCCCUCCCGCCAUCUGCCAGUUCUUCUCUUUCAAUUACUACCACGAUCUGGAGGGUGCGCUCUGGCUGGCUUUGCACUUCGCGUUCAAGAGGGUUCCCAAGAGCAAACUUGACGCGUCGACACCCUGGGGCCCUGCGGACGAUGUCUUGCGCCACUACGCCGCCCGACUCUUCCCUCGCCAACUCGAGCGCACGAGUCAUCGCACCCGCGCUCUCAUGCACGGCGGUGAUCUUGCUUUCUUCGGAGAGGCACUAGUCGCCAUCCACGGUCCUGAGGCGCCCAUCCUGAAGAUCUUCCCCCUCAUCACCGCACUCGGUCAAGCGUACGUUCGUGUUGAAGGCAGCACGGAUGUACCGAUGAUCCAGCUGGACAAUGGACACCAGGUUCUCGACGACUCGCUCUUCACGGACGAGAUCUAUGACACGAUGGAGGCGACGUUUUGGGAGAUCAGCAAUGCCUACCUGCAGCAGGAUGAGGAGUUCGUCCGGGUACCGCCGCCGCCGCCGUUCGAAUACGGCAAUGACCGCAUGGCAUCACCGCCUCAAUUUGCUGAUGAAGGGCUGGCGGAGGCGGAAGAGCCGGAGAAGAUUACGCCGGCUGAAGACGAGAAGGAGGAAGUGUUGUCUCGACCGCCAACGCCCAUCGCUGCCCCCGCGACGCGUCCUUGCUCAAAGGGCGCCGAAAAUGGUGCUUCGGCCGCCGCCGUUCAAGAUGACUCCUUUGAAACUCGAGAAAAGACGCGGAAGCGCACACGCGAGGAAGCUGUUGUAAGCUCAAUGCCACCUCGGAAGCGGCUUUGUCCUGGCACUACUUGCCAGCCGACGCGGUGGUCCCGACGGCUAGCGGCCAAGGCUAAGAAAGCGUAGGGCAUGAACGCGCAAGUAGGUCUCAAGACUCGGUUGAGCUGUAGCAAGCAUCCCAAAACUGCGGGGUAAGGAGGUAGAUAGGGAAUAUAUGCCAACGCUAAAUGUAACCCGAC